CAGGCACAGUGCCUGAGGAGUCAGGAGUUUAUUGAAGAAACAAAAUGAGGAGACUGGGUUUGGUCAUGGUAGUUCUGCUGCUGCUGACAGCAGUGCAAUUUUGUUCUAUUUUUCUUACAGCUGAUGACACAAAGGUUCAGGGCUGGACCUGUGGCUACAGAGGGGCUUGCCGCAAGUACUGCUAUGCCCAGGAGUACAUGGUUGGCUACCAUGGCUGCCCACGCAGAUUAAGAUGCUGUGCUUUGCGUUUCUAACCUGACAUGAUACAUGACUGCAGGAGAUCAACAUAAACAAUCUGGAGCCAAAUUCUGUGACCUUUUUUUUAUCAGAAUGCAUUUGGGAACUAGGAAUAUUAACCUAUACUUUAACUGCUAUGAGGAUCCCGUUUCAUAUCAAAAUAGUGCAUUAGUGCUUCCUAACAAGGGACUAGUCUCUGUUGAGGCAAGCACGCAUUCAGUAUGAACAUGUAAUGCGUCUCUGCUUAGUAUUGGCUUUAAUUGGAUUAGAGAAGUCAAAGCAGCUCUACAUUUUACAUUUUAGUCAUUUAGCAGACGCUCUUAUCCAGAGCGGCUUACAGUAGUGAAUGCAUACAUUUCAUUUCAUGCAUUUUUUUGUUUGUUUGUUUUUGUACUGGCCCCCCUAGUUUUAUGGUUGUCACGCCAUGCCCGGCAUUGUGAAGUUCCAGGACAAUGACAAUUCACUUACCCAAGUUCUGUCUGUUAGCACUAUGCAUACGAUUAAAAUAAAAGUUGUUGUUCAUAGAUAUUACUGGUGUGAAGAAAAUGUUGGAAGCUUUUUCCUUGUGAACUCUUAUAUUUGUGACAAUACAUCUGAUUAAUUGUAUUCCAUUCAUUAUCUAACUGUAUUAGUUCAAAUACAAUAAAAUAUUUUUUACUGUU